AAAAGCAAUUUCCGUUUUAAACGUUGCCAAUGUAAACAAAAAGAAGCGAACCGAGACCCGAUGGAUGGCAUUGCAAAAGAAGAGGUAACUGUUGAGGAAUCAGCAGAAAUUACUUCUCAGUUGGAUGAAAAAUCAAGACACUUCAAUUUAUUAUCAUCUCGACUUGAGGAACAAUCUAAUUUAAUUAGGAUCUUGAAAGAACAAAUCCAUAAUACAGAAACUAAAAUAGCAAAUUAUGAAGAAAAUAACAAGAAUCUUGACUCUUACCGAAAUUUUGCUCUUUCUGAAUUAAAAGAGCAAAUGAUACGUUACAAGACAUUGAAAGACCAUUAUUACACAUUACAAAACAACUUCCUGGAAAUAAAGGCACUCACAGAGCAAUAUAAAAGCAAAAAUAAGUUACUAGCUGAUGAAAUAAAAACUCUGGAACUUUCAAAUGAAAAAUUAUUUGGAACAGCCAGAUGUGAAAUUCUUGACCAGGUGGAGAGUUUAAAGAAAACUGACAGUAAUUUUAAGGAACAAUGUAAACUGAUUGAAGAAAAAAUUGCUGUUCAAGAUAGUUUAGCUGAGAAAAUGGGAAAAGACCUCGAAGAAGAUAUGAAGAAUCAGAAAAAGAAACACAAAGAAGAAAUGGAGAAACUCAUGUCAAAACUUGAACACAUUGAAAAUGUAUCUCAAGCGGAAAGAACUUUGAAACUGAAACCAAAAUGCUGUCCAAAGCUGUUUCUAUUAAACAAAGAAAUAGAAAAAUUGCAAAAGGAAAAAGAACAAGCAGAUGAUGAACUGGCAUACAAGGAAAAGCUUUUGCAGUUUGAGCAAAAUGAAAAUGCAAAAUUAAUUGAAAAUAUCAGCACCUUAAAGAAAACAAUUAUCCAAGAGGAAACCCAAUUUAACGAGAAAGUUUCUCAGGUUCAGUCAGAUGCUUUAGUGAUUUCUCUGCAAAAAGACAUUCAAGAUGUACAACUCAACUACAAGAAAACACAACGGGAAAUUGCAAUCUAUAAAGAAGAAUCUCGGAAGAAAUUGGAGUACGAAAGAAAGCUGAAUGAGAAAUUAAGGCAUAUUACUGGUUGAUGCUUACAAUAAUUGGUUGCCUCCAACAAUGCUCCUACAUCCAUCAUAUAAAUCAAUUAGACUCAGUGGAAAAACCAAUCACAAUACAAUUGAUAUGUGAUUACUAAAAUUAUAUUUUAGAAGGGUUUACAUUUACUGUGUUGCUACAUUAGGUUCUAGUAGCUUCUAGUGUAGAUUGGAUAUACUAUUGAAGAGAAGGAUUUCUAGCAGAACUGACAUCAAGAACACCAUGAAAUAAAAAUUAAUGAUUAUUCAAAUAAUUUAUUGGAAGUAAUAACAUUCUACUACAAGACAGGUGACAUAAUUACUGCAGCAGGUAAUCAUAAAGAAAGUACAGGGGUUUGUAUAUAAAGGGGCUGAGACCCUAACUUUUUGUGGAGAGCAGAAAGAAGCUUCUGUCUCUGUUCUUGAUUGGUCCCAACUCAGUCCUGACUGAGCUGGCACCAUAUGCAUGAUCAAAGACAUUCUAGCCUUGAUUAUCCAGUCUUUUUCAAGCAUUAUGUACUUUAGACUACAUUCUCCAAUAUUUUGUAUCUUAAGACAGUAAGGAGUUUUUUGUGUUUUUUUAAGAUUUGGUUACUAUUUCAAGAAGGUUGAACAACCACAUAGAAAUUCUUUGUGGGCAUG